AACAAUGCUUUCUCCAAAACAAUCCUCACGCCAUUCUACUCUUACGAAACUGAAAAGAAUCUCUCAAAAGGUGUUUGAUUGCAGGCAACUUAGAUGCAGUGCCAAAUCUCCCUUUUUUUCCGUCGUCUCAUUUGCCAUCAUAUUCUUGAUCAUCUAUACAGACAGCAUCGUCUCUAACCUUUCCAUGCAAACAGAUUACCCAAGAACUCAUCAAAUUCUUGAACAUAAUCACCAGACUCAAAUUCCUGAAAAGCAAAUCGAAUCAAUGUCACCACUUCCAAGUAUGCAAGAAAAUAUUGAUGACAUUGCAGAUGAAAUUCAUGAUCCUUUGAUUCCUCCAGAAAAUGCCACAAAAGAAGAAAGGCUAGGGUGGUUCCGGCGAAAACUACCGGAGCUUGAUGUACUCAACUCUGACAACUUGACAAAGCAAUUCCAUGGUCGAGUGCUCGAAUUCCUUAACAAUGGAUGCAGCUCUCAGUUCUACAUGAUAUGGCUCUCACCGGCAAACUCAUUUGGGAAACGAGACUUCUUGGCUAUGGACACCCUCUUCAAAUCUAACCCUCAAGGCUGCUUGAUGAUCAUAUCGAAAUCCAUGGAUUCGGGAAGAGGGUACAGAAUCCUGAAGCCAUUGCUGGACAAAGGAUUCAAAAUACUAGCAAUCACGCCCGACUUGCCCUUUUUGGUCAAGAACACGCCGGCUGAAUCUUGGCUUGAGGAAUUGAAGAGCGGGAGGAAGGACCCAGGUCGCAUCCCAUUAUCUCAAAACCUAGCAAAUCUUAUUAGGCUCACAAUGCUGUACAAGUAUGGAGGCAUGUAUUUGGACACUGACUUAGUAAUAUUGAAAGAUUUUUCGGGUCUGAGGAAUGCAGUUGGAGCACAAAGUGUAGGUGAGGACUCCAAACAAUGGACCAGACUAAAUGGUGCAGUGAUGAUCUUCGACAUAAACCAUCCGAUUCUGAUAGACUUUUUAGAAGAAUUUGCUACAACUUUUAAUGGGAACAAAUGGGGUCACAAUGGACCUUACUUGGUUUCGAGGGUAAUUGAAAGAGUUGGAAGCACACCAGGUUACAACCUUACAAUCUUGCCUCCCAAGGCAUUUUAUCCCGUGGACUGGAAUCGGAUACACAGGCUUUUCAAGAAGCCCCAGAAGCGAUCGGAGUCAAGAGCGGUGGAAAUCACACUUAAUGAGCUAAAUGACAGGGAAACUUAUGCAGUGCACCUGUGGAAUAGGCGAAGUAGAGAAUUCGCCAUCCAAGAGGGAAGCGUCAUGGCUAGAUUAAUGUCAGAGCAUUGUGUCAUUUGCCAGGACAUUUAUACUUCUUAAAGAAGAUUUAUUUUCUGUAAUAUGGUGAAGGGGAAUCUACUUUGAGCAUAUCAACUCAUCUGUGGCAAAGCCGCUGCGGAAAUGAAGAAAAGAAGAGAAGCUUUUUGUUGAUGUAUUUUUAAUAUUUAAUAAAUAAAUUAUAAUUGUCGUUAUUUGUUGUAAGUGAGAAGUUAAGACGGUUGUUAUUA